GGGUGCAGAGUGAGAAUGGGAUGCAAUGGGACUCGGGGACGGCUCGGGUGGUCCCCGGGCUUUGAACCGGCAGCGAGAGAGGUGUGCAGUGGGCUGAGGUGGGCGAGGAACCACCCUGGCCGCUGUGGAUGUGGCCGGAGCCCGGACACUGGGGAGAAGACGAGGUCGAUUUUGUGGGAGAUAGCUGGACAGUGUGAUACUGAGUGCAGCAAGACGUCGACCAAAGGCUUGGAGGUGACGGAGGGUGGCUCUGCCAAGCCCGUGCCCAACGACACCAAAGAGGGCACUGGCGAUGCCGGUGGGGGUGCCAUGGAAGCCAAGGUGAAGGAACCUGAUGCCAAAGAGGAUGCCACAGCCAACACCGGGGACCCGGAGCCACACCACGGAGAGGUUGAAGGGAGUGCCAGUAACACCGCGGGCAGCCACAAGGAUGCCCAAGGUAACACGGGCGAUGCCACAGUGAACGAAGAUGAGAAAAAGGCUGAUUCCAAAGACCAGAGUGGCAAAGGCCACAAAAAGGUAGACGCUAGUUCCAGCUCCAGCUCCAGCAGCUCCUCGGACAGCGAAGGCAAGAGCAAGCCUGGAUGUGCGGAGAGGAAGAAAAAGAUGAAGAAAGGGAAGGCGGACCAGGUGAAAGGUGGCGGCGUGAGAGACAGCAACAAAACCAAGAUGGAGAACUGCAAAUGUUGAGAGCCAUUCGAAGAAAACUCCUGGCAGGGAUUUUGCCCUUUGAGCGUAAUUAAGGCAUCCUAUUGUCAUUUGUAAAUACAUCUUCCUCUUUACACCCUUCUCUCUCCUUCCCUUCCCCACUUAGUACAGAGAACAGUACAGCACAGGCCCUUCGGCCCACGAUGUCCAUGCUAAACUGAUCUCUGCCUGCCAUAUCCCUUCAUUCCCUGCACAUCCAUCUGAAAGCCUCUUAAACGCACCGCUAUCGUAUUUGCCACCACCACCUCUGCCAAGUGCGUUCCAGGCACCCACCACCUCUGUGGAGAAAAAACGUUACCCAUCACAUCUUAAAGUUGACCCCUCUAUUACUUGGUAUUUCCACCCUGGGAGAUAGAUUCUGACAAAAUAUGAUCGUACAUAUCUAUAUGUUGUUACUGAAUGGAAUCAAAGUGUAGGAGUAACUCAGAGGGUCAGGCAGCAUCUCUGGAGGACAGAGAGAGGCAACGUUUCAGGUCGAGACCCUUCUUCAAAUUCUCAACUCCCGACUCAAAACAUCAUCUAUCCUUGUCCACCCGAGAUGCUGCCUGACACGCUGAGUCGCUCCAGCACUUUGGGUUUUUGUUUGUAAACCAGCACCUGCAGUUCCUUGUGGCUCUGGGUUUUUAAUGUAUUUAUGCUAGCGUUGCCGUGAAAUAAAAUUCGGUCCAAUUUAAAA